AUUAUUUGGUACCAUUCGGCAUUCGUUUUACCAGUGUCAGUCGAAGUCGUUGCGUCUUACAACGCGAUUGUGUAUUCUUGAAGAUGGUGGCAAAGGACCAGAUUCUGGAGAACCAUUACGGAUAUAGUAAGGACUUCCGUACUGCACUUCCGCAGUUACUUGCUGUCAGUGUCAAGAACUUGCUACUACUAGGUUAUGGAAUGACUCUGGGUUUCCCCACCAUCCUUAUUCCAGCCGUGCAGAACCCAGUUGAGGGGGAGGUACUGCGUCUACAUAGCUCCGAAGUUUCUUGGAUAAGUUCAAUAAACUUAAUAGUAGUGCCAUUGGGGUGCGCUCUCUCGGGCGUAAUAACAGCACCCCUCGGAAGACGACGCGCUAUGCAGAUGGUAAACGUCCCGUUCUUCAUAGCUUGGCUGAUCUUCUAUUUCUCGAAGAACACUACGCAUCUGUACAUGGCUCUCUUUCUAACUGGCCUGGCAGGAGGACUUCUUGAGGCACCGGUGCUAACAUAUGUAGCAGAGAUUACUCAGCCACACCUGCGUGGAGCCCUUACAGCUACCAGUUCUAUGUGCAUCAUUAUAGGUGUCUUUACACAGUUUCUCUUUGGUUUAUUUCUCUAUUGGCGGCAUGUGGCAUUAGUAAAUAUAAUAUUUACGGUCCUUGCUGUGAUAGCACUUUGCUUUGUCCCAGAAUCUCCACACUGGCUUGUCUCACGAGAAAGAUAUAAUGAUGCUAGAAAGAGUUUACAAUGGCUUCGGGGAUGGACAACCCCACAGAGAGUGGAUGCUGAAUUGCGUGAUAUAGAAGCACUUUAUAAUAAAAAACAAGAAGCAGAAGGUAAAGUGGAGACAGUAUAUGAGAGAUUAUCACACUACACUGAGAGAAGUUUCUUAAUUCCUUUCUUUCUUGUCAGUUAUGCCUUUUUCGUUGGACACUUUAGUGGAAUGACAACUUUACAGACAUAUGCAGUAUCAAUUUUCCAAAUGCUGGAGGCUCCGAUAGACAAGUACUAUGCCACUUUAAUUCUUGGAGUAUUGCAAAUUGUUGGAUCUGGAGGUUGUGUGCUGAUGGUCCAUUAUACAGGGAAAAGACCACUCACAUUAUUCUCAACAGCUGGAGCCGGCGUCUGCUGUCUACUGGUUGCUGGAUAUGAUGUCUAUAUACAAAAGAGUAUAUUACCGCCAGCGGACAAUUCUACACUAGGAACCAUAGUAACCGCGAAUAACCCAAAUUCGUGGAUCCCAACAACACUUUUAAUGUUAUUGGCUUUGAUUACACAUACGGGAAUUCGGCUGUUGCCUUGGAUACUUAUUGGAGAGGUCUUCAGUGCCCAAACUCGGUCAGGAGGAGCCGGGUUGGCAAGUGCUGUUGGGUACAUCUUUGGCUUCUUGACAAAUAAAUUGUACAUCAGUAUGGUUGACUCUUUGUCCAUUUGGGGCACUUACGGAUUCUAUGGAAUAAUCAGCCUAACAGGAUGUAUCGUCUUUUAUUUCAUCUUACCAGAGACUGAAGGGAAAAAAUUGAACGAUAUAGAAAAACACUUUGCAGGUGUCAAAAGGCUUACAAAUACAGUGUACCGUUCAUUGAAAAGGAAUGAUAUCUCGAAGCUUCAAGAUCUAAAAGGCGCAACGAAUCCAUCGUUCGAGGCGGACACAACCUAUAUUUAGAUAAUAGUUUCUGACUAUUUUGAGAGACUAAUUUUUAACCGGCUUAAAAGAGAACCUACUUCGUCGUCAGUUGCUAUAGUUUAAAUUUAAAAACUUUUUAUGUUUGUAUUUUCAACCGGUACCUAGGUACUUAGGUACUUCUAGGUGUAAUCUAGAUUAGGAUCCGAUGAUGAGAUCCUGAUCGCCUGAUGAUUGACAUACUUAUGUGUAAAAUGUAUAAAAAAUAUAUUUCCUUUUAACAAGUUGCUUGCUUCUUGCUCUGUCUAGAGAAAAUAGUAUUGAUUUUUAUUUUCGGACAAUUUGAUGUAAAGUGCCACGUUUAACUAUGUCUAUUCAAUCAAAUUAAGUAAGUACAAAUGAGUUAUAAAAGUAAAAUUCGAGGGUAAGUGACGCUUGCCGCGGCCGGAAUUUUGAUGGGUAAAUGUACUGUAAUUUUUUGUCACCAAAAGAUGCUCUUAUUUGUGUAAUUGUGCAUUUAUAUAUAUUAUAAGUUUGGUAAAAUGUAAUGAACGCAAACUGUGAUAAUAACACUUUUGUUAUCGAUAAAAUUUAUUUAUGGAAAAAAUCGAAAAACAUUACGACUGGUAGUUUGAAUAUAUAAACCGGGCAUUUAUAUAGAUUACGGUAAAUAUAUUCUUUGUUUAGUUGACCAAUCGUUUUCCAUA